AUGUUGCUCACCCUCAAGCCCUCGUCCCUGAACCGGCCUACCAAUGAAUCCGUGCCGCAAGCUUCCUCGCCUUCUCUUCGGAAUCUUCCCUCCGCCGCCUCGACCCCCCGAAGCUCCAAGCCGUCCUCCCUGUAUAUGAACAGACACGAGCAAAUGGCGCCCACGUCUGCCCCGCACGACCACCCCGCAGAUUCAGCCCAUAGAAGCCUUCCUCCGCCCAUGACAAUGACCCUCCCGGCGAUGGCCCAGGUGCCCUCGACUGUCGCCCAGCUCCCGUCCUCGCAGUGGCAGAAUUCGGAAGAAUGCGUGCGGCUAUGGUUUCUGACCAAGGCCGAAGAGGAUCGGAGGAGGCAAGAAGAAGAGCGGACGCAGCAGGAGAGCUUAAAGCUCGACCAGCGCAAGGUGGAGCAGUCGAUGCUGCGGGAUUCUCUACAGGCCGGCGUGCCACCGUACAUGGUCCCGUUCAUCUUUACCGGUUUGGGCGGUGGCAGCUUACAGUGGGCGCAACAAUACAUCUCCCAAAUGAGCGCAGGCUUGGGACAGCCUCCAUCCCAUGGGCAGUCUCAGCAAUACUCACAAGUCAUUCCUGCGCAACAGCAGCAGCCACGCCAGGAAUACAAUCAGCUGCCGCCACAGCCACGGCCUUCAUCCCAGCCUCUACCUGCUCAACCACUCCCUCAACAGUCACUUGCUCAGACGCAACAAUCUAAUCUGGAAGUACCUCGAGAUAAUCGUAUGAUCCCACCCAACCCUUACGCUGCCAGCCGAUCCGUCCCCGCUGUAACUCGACCACCUGUGCAGCAAACCCCGCCAUCCCCAGCGCAGAGUCCAUAUACACGUAUUUCCCCGCCCGAUCACUCAGCCACUGUGUCUGCAGCACCGUUUUCGCAACCCACAGCACCUCUUUCCCGGAUAAAUUCUGUUGAAAUGCAUGUCCAGAACCCACCAGUGACUUCGGGUGCACGAGUCCCAUCUGGAACAAGCUCCCGCACAUCGCAACAAGCCGGGUCCGUUAAACAAGAAGCUCAGCAGGCACAGUCAUCUCCUCUAUACUUUCACCACUGGGUCCCUCCUUCCAACCCCAAUACACCAUCCGGGAAGAGUCCAAAUAUUUCUCCCAAUACUGGCCACCCAGCAUCACAUCUGCGUUCAGAAUACCAGAACUCCCCCAAGAAACGAAAAUCACAGACUACUCAUCAGCAAGUACCUCCUCCGCCUUCUCAUCUGUCAGACGCCGGAUCCACAGAUCCUUCUCCUGCGAGGUCACAGCAACAGGGACGGCGGAGCCUUGGUAAUUCGCGCCAACGAAAUGGCUCCUUGUCACAGAAUGGAACCGAUACACCAGCACCGCAACCUGAUACCGCCAGGUCCAGUGGCCAAAUGAACGUUAGCUCACUGGUUAGUAAUGAUGAACGCACUACCAGUCAAUCUAGCCACCGGGAUGAGCCCAACUCUGCCACAUCAGACCAUAACCAGCACGGACAAUUCAUGAUUCUUGGAAGAUACCGGACGAAUAGAAACUCGAGCGAAAAUUCCGUUGCUACCAAUACUAGUGCCGGGAAUGAUGCCUCUAGUCAUCGUUUAGAGGAAGAUCCAAGGAAGCAUAGUGCUGGCUCUCAGGGUGGAAGUCACUCGACUCAUGUGCCCUAUACCAAUGGCUACCAUCACCCAAAUGAUGUUUCAAGUAACAUUUCCUUUGAUUCGACGAAUAAACUUAGCCAUUCUGACCCCCGCCUAGUGGACAUGGUUCAGCAAAGUUAA